CGGGACCAUAACCGGUCACCGUCGUCGCUGCCGCCGCCACCGCUGCCUCCCGAUACCCAGCGCCCGAGGCUCGGACCCGAGGCCGACGCCGGGCGCCCCGCCUCCUGCCCGCCAUGGCUACGCCCCGCGCCCCCAGCGCUUUGGCGGCCGCUGCGCCGGCGUCCGGAAAAGCCAAGCUGACGCACCCCGGGAAGGCGAUUCUGGCAGGAGGCCUAGCGGGCGGCAUCGAAAUCUGCAUCACAUUCCCGACCGAGUACGUGAAGACGCAGCUGCAGCUGGAUGAGCGCUCGAACCCGCCGCGGUACCGGGGCAUCGUGGACUGCGUGCGGCAGACCGUCCGCAACCAUGGCGUCCUGGGCCUGUACCGAGGUCUUAGCUCCCUGCUCUACGGCUCCAUCCCCAAGGCGGCGGUCAGGUUCGGAAUGUUCGAGUUCCUCAGUAACCAAAUGCGGGACUCCAAGGGACGGCUGGACAGCACGCGCGGGCUGCUGUGCGGCUUGGGCGCUGGUGUGGCCGAGGCCGUGGUGAUCGUGUGCCCCAUGGAGACGAUUAAGGUGAAGUUCAUCCACGAUCAGAAUUCCCCCACCCCCAAGUACAGAGGAUUCUUCCAUGGGGUUAGGGAGAUUGUUCGGGAACAAGGUGAGCCAUUCUGGGUCAAGGACCAUGACCAGUCUUGGGGGAGGGGGGACACCAUCCUUUCUCUGCUCACUCAUCCCCCUCCUCCACCCAGAUUCUACAAGGGCACUGUCCCCCGCCUGGGCCGGGUCUGCUUGGAUGUGGCCAUUGUGUUCGUCAUCUAUGAUGAGGUGGUGAAGCUGCUCAACAAAAUAUGGAAGACAGACUAAAUCCAGAGACUGGGGGGAACUCCCAGACGCUCCAGACCAAGCCCCACCACUGUGUCUCUUAUGAUUCCAGUGCAGUUGUGCCAAAAGGACCCCUUGUCCCUUGAGCUCCGUGGCAUGGUCUGUUUGUGGUGGCCAUGAUGUGUUUCAUAGUGUUGUGUCUCCCCUGUGGUCUGUUUGUAAUACCACCCUUGUGUCCAUGUGUCCAUGGCAAGUGCCCCUCUGGCCUGUGAAUCUGUGCCCUCUUAUUCAUGUGCUUACUCGUGAGCCAUGUGCUUGUGUUUCGUGUUCUGUGUCACAUGACCCUGUGCCCCACUACCCAGGGUGCCCAUGUGGCCUAGGUCCUCGGCCUUGUAGCCAUAUUCCGGUCACAGUCCGGUGCCUUCCACCCUGGGUGGCAGGAGCACCUUGCUCUGGCCUACCACAGCUGCCUCCGGGCUUCAGCCUGGCCUCGCCGCAUUCCAGGGGCUAUAUGCCCCCUGCUUCUCCCGCCAUUGGCCUUAAUUGGCCCUCGGGCCCUCCCUCCGCCCGGGACAGGGUGGCAUCUGCCACUCUCAGGACCACCCUGCCAAGGCAGAAUAAACUGGAUCCUGUUGUAGUCUCCUG